AUGAAGCAUACUUCUUGCCUCCUCAUCUUCAUCUCCCUUCUUCAGUUGAUGACUCCGGGGAGUUUUCAGUGUUCCUUAGACUCUGUAGUGAAUAAAAGAAUUCAGGAAGCUCUCAAAGGUAUAGGGAACUGCCCCUCCAUCCCAACCAAGACACUCUCGUGUGUCAGCAUCACAAGCUCAGGAAGACUGUCCUCCUGUCCCGCUGGUAUGGUCGUCACUGGUUGUGCUUGUGGUUAUGCCUGUGGUUCCUGGGAUGUACGGGGAACAACCACAUGUCACUGCCAGUGUUCUGUGAUAGACUGGACCACUGCCCGUUGCUGCCAUCUGGCCUGA